CAGGAAGGCGGGGCGGGCGGAGGCUGGAGGAGCCGCCAAGGCUAGACCCGGGCGCGGGAGCUGGGCCUAGGUCAGCGCCCUGGCAGCUGUGUCUGUGUGUGUGUCUUGGAGAAGUUUGGCCCAUUGGGAACCAUGCCACCACCAUCAGACAUUGUCAAAGUGGCCAUUGAGUGGCCAGGUGCUAAUGCCCAGCUCCUUGAAAUCGACCAGAAACGGCCCCUGGCAUCCAUCAUCAAGGAAGUUUGUGAUGGGUGGUCGUUGCCAAACCCGGAGUAUUACACCCUCCGUUAUGCAGACGGUCCCCAGCUCUACAUCACCGAACAGACUCGCAGUGACAUUAAGAAUGGGACAAUCUUACAACUGGCUAUCUCCCCGUCCCGGGCUGCACGCCAGCUGAUGGAGAGGACCCAGUCAUCCAGCAUGGAGACCCGGCUGGAUGCCAUGAAAGAGCUGGCCAAGCUCUCCGCCGACGUGACUUUUGCCACCGAGUUCAUCAACAUGGAUGGCAUCAUUGUGCUGACAAGGCUCGUGGAAAGUGGAACCAAGCUCUUGUCUCACUACAGUGAGAUGCUGGCAUUCACCCUGACUGCCUUCUUAGAGCUCAUGGACCAUGGCAUUGUCUCCUGGGACAUGGUUUCAAUCACCUUUAUUAAGCAGAUUGCAGGGUACGUGAGCCAGCCCAUGGUGGACGUGUCAAUCCUUCAGAGGUCCCUGGCCAUCCUGGAGAGCAUGGUCUUGAACAGCCAGAGUCUGUACCAGAAGAUAGCAGAGGAAAUCACCGUGGGCCAGCUCAUCUCACACCUCCAGGUCUCCAACCAGGAGAUUCAGACCUACGCCAUUGCACUGAUUAACGCACUUUUUCUGAAGGCUCCUGAAGACAAGCGACAGGACAAGCACCUUAAUCCUCUAGACCUGCCUGUCACUGAUAUGGCCAAUGCAUUUGCACAGAAGCACCUUCGGUCUAUAAUCCUGAAUCAUGUGAUCCGAGGGAACCGCCCAAUCAAAACCGAGAUGGCCCAUCAGCUGUAUGUCCUUCAAGUCCUGACCUUUAACCUUCUGGAAGAAAGGAUGAUGACCAAGAUGGACCCCAACGACCAGGCUCAAAGAGACAUUAUAUUUGAACUGAGGAGGAUUGCAUUUGACGCAGAGUCUGACCCUAGCAAUGUCCCUGGGAGUGGGACUGAAAAACGCAAAGCCAUGUACACAAAGGACUACAAAAUGCUGGGAUUUACUAACCACAUCAACCCGGCCAUGGACUUCACCCAAACUCCUCCAGGAAUGCUGGCCUUGGACAACAUGCUGUACUUGGCUAAAUUCCACCAGGACACCUACAUCCGGAUCGUCUUGGAGAACAGCAGCCGAGAAGACAAACACGAAUGCCCCUUUGGCCGCAGUGCCAUUGAGCUCACCAAAAUGCUCUGUGAAAUCCUGCAGGUUGGGGAACUACCAAACGAAGGACGCAACGACUACCACCCGAUGUUCUUUACCCAUGACCGAGCAUUUGAAGAGCUUUUUGGAAUCUGCAUCCAGCUAUUGAACAAGACCUGGAAGGAGAUGAGGGCAACAGCAGAGGACUUCAACAAGGUUAUGCAAGUAGUCCGAGAGCAAAUCACUCGAGCUUUGCCCUCCAAACCCAACUCUUUGGAUCAGUUCAAGAGCAAACUGCGUAGCCUGAGCUACUCUGAGAUUCUGCGACUUCGCCAGUCAGAGAGGAUGAGUCAGGAUGACUUCCAGUCCCCGCCAAUUGUGGAGCUGAGGGAGAAGAUCCAGCCUGAGAUCCUCGAGCUAAUCAAGCAGCAGCGCCUGAACCGGCUCUGUGAGGGCAGCAGCUUCCGGAAGAUCGGGAACCGCCGGAGGCAAGAGCGGUUCUGGUACUGCCGCUUGGCACUGAACCACAAGGUCCUGCACUACGGCGACUUGGAUGACAACCCUCAAGGGGAGGUGACAUUUGAAUCCCUGCAGGAGAAAAUUCCUGUUGCAGACAUUAAGGCCAUUGUCACUGGGAAAGAUUGUCCCCACAUGAAGGAGAAAAGUGCUCUGAAACAGAACAAGGAAGUGCUAGAAUUGGCCUUCUCUAUCCUGUAUGACCCCGAUGAGACCUUAAACUUCAUUGCACCUAAUAAGUAUGAGUACUGCAUCUGGAUUGAUGGCCUCAGUGCCCUUCUGGGGAAGGACAUGUCCAGCGAGCUGACCAAGAGUGACCUGGACACCCUGCUGAGCAUGGAGAUGAAGCUGCGGCUCCUGGACCUGGAGAACAUCCAGAUUCCUGAAGCCCCACCGCCAGUCCCCAAGGAGCCCAGCAGCUAUGACUUUGUCUAUCACUAUGGCUGAGCCUGGAGCCGGAGACACUGGUACCCAGGAGAAGGGAUUUGGGGCCCAGGAGAAACACUCACAGUCUGGUGCCUUGUCUUUUGCUUGUACAAAAUCCGUAGUGAUUGUGGUGGCCAGUAAAUGCCAGCCAUUCCUCAAACCCAUCUCGGACCACCCAGAGUUUCCUCUUGGUCCUGUCCACUAAGAGUCAUGAAGGCAGGGUGCUCUGCCCUCCCCAUCACCGUCAAGCCUGGGAUUGGGCCAUGAGGAAUGAACAGCAGAUGCCCUUGCCUUCCAGCCCAAGAAACUGCUUCUUGAAAUGGACUUAACAACAGCCACUUACUUUUUCUUCCAAGCCUGCUCUCUGGUUAGCUGGAUUCCCAUGUGAGCAAGUGCUGGCCCAAGAAAGGCUGCCUGCAGAGGACACGUGCUGGGCGUGUUGAGAGGCUUGGAGUGACUGCCUUUGGGGGACCCAUGCCUAUGUCUCAAAUCUAAGUAUAAGCCUUGGGCCUUGGCACAGUGGAUACCUUGGGCCUUUGCUUUUGUCUUGUUCACGAGGGUUCACUCCAGCCUCAUAUGGUGCCAAGAUGCUGCUGCUUCUGAGGUUUGGCUCUAACAUCUCUGAUUUCUAGAGCCACCACAUCUCUCUUGCCCUUGCAGAUAUCAGGGCAGAUGGAAAUUUCUCCCCACAAGCUCUCAGUCUCAGCCUGGCAAGUCAAGGAUCUCCAGGCUGAGUCCUGCCCUCUUAGUCUCCAGGAAUGCUGCAGGGAAAGCCCGGCUGAGGCCUGGGCCUAGACUGUGGUAAGGUCACUAGAUUCUACGCCCUUCCCCCAACAUUUAUAUCUUUUCCUUCGUUGGGGAGAAAUCUCCCCCCUAACCCUCCAGUUUGCUUUCCUUUGGCCUUCCAUACCCCAGGAAGUUUGCCUUCCCUUCCUCUCCUUCUUAGUGCUGUGGUUUCUGCCAUUGGCCAUGAUUUCAGGGAGCUGGCUGAGGCCACAGCUGUGCCAAUGGGGCUUCCCUGGUGCUGCAGCACUUGUAAACCACACACACAGCCUCUCUCCUUGGAUGUACGUUAACACAGUGGCAUACAGGACUGGGAGCCUGGCAUGGUAGGUACUACCCAAUGAAGAUUGUACUAUAUAUUUUCUUUACUAUAGGCCAUACUUAUACAGACUUGUAUAUAUAUUUAUAUAAGAUCUACCUAUCCUAGGAUGGAAUGUUGGGGGAAAAUAGAAUUGUAGGGGGGAAAAAAAGUAAUACUUGCAGUUGUGAGCCAAGAUUGUAACCAGAGAGCAGCCAGGAGCUUCCUGUCAGUAACGAUGUUUUCAAUAAAUACUCUUUCAUGUAUAAA